AUGGCUCUUAUUACGGCCGUGCCUCUCUCCUGCUGCUCUGACACCGGCGGGCUGGAGCGGCGGAGUCGCCUCCAGCGGGAAGUGCACUUCCGUUAUCUGCGCUCCCGCACCCCGGCUGCCCGCUCCCCCUCCUCAGCUCGCUCUCUCUGGAUGUUUAAGGCAAGGAUGAACAAACAGAUCCAGCCCGACCGCAAAGUGUCGGUGGUGGCCCCCUUGCCGGAGCGCGCGGGGCCGCCGCCGCCGCGAAAGGACGUGGAGCUGAUCCUGGUGAAGGAGCACAACGGAGUGCAGUACACCAGCAGCAACCUCCUGCCCGCCGCCCCGCGACACGGACCCCCUGACAGGGAGACCUGGGGAAAGAAGAUCGACUUCCUUCUCUCCGUCAUCGGCUUCGCCGUGGACCUGGCGAACGUUUGGCGCUUUCCGUACCUCUGCUACAAAAAUGGAGGGGGUGCUUUCCUUAUUCCCUAUAUCCUCUUUUUAAUCAUUGCUGGAAUGCCCCUGUUCUAUAUGGAAUUAGCACUGGGACAGUAUAACCGAGAAGGGGCUGCCACUGUGUGGAAAAUCUGUCCAGUUUUCAAAGGUGUAGGCUACGCAGUGAUACUCAUAGCUCUUUAUGUGGGAUUCUACUACAACGUUAUCAUAGCUUGGUCUCUGUAUUACCUAUUUUCAUCAUUCACAUUUGAGCUCCCCUGGACACACUGUGACAACAGUUGGAACAGUCCAAACUGUACAGAUCCCAAACUCUUCAAUGCAUCAGUGCUUGGCAAUGGUACCAAAUACUCGAAGUACAAGCUCACUCCUGCAGCUGAAUUUUAUGAGCGAGGAGUUCUGCACCUGCACGAAAGCCGUGGAAUCCAUGACCUUGGCUUGCCUCGCUGGCAACUUUCCCUCUGCCUCUUGGUGGUGGUUAUCAUUCUUUUCUUUAGUCUGUGGAAAGGCGUGAAGACUUCAGGAAAGGUUGUUUGGAUAACAGCCACUUUGCCUUAUGUUGUAUUAUUUGUCUUGUUAAUACAUGGAAUAACCCUGCCUGGCGCAUACAAUGGAAUAAAUGCAUACCUGCACAUAGAUUUCAGAAGAUUAAAAGAAGCCACAGUAUGGAUUGAUGCAGCUACUCAGAUAUUUUACUCCUUAGGAGCCGGAUUUGGUGUUUUAAUUGCGUUUGCCAGUUACAAUAAGUUUGACAACAACUGUUACAGGGAUGCUUUGCUGACUAGUACCAUUAACUGUGUCACAAGCUUCAUCUCAGGAUUUGCAAUUUUCUCCAUAUUGGGCUACAUGGCUCAUGAGCACAAAGUCAAAAUUGAGGAUGUAGCUACUGAAGGAGCUGGUUUAGUUUUCAUCCUGUAUCCAGAGGCAAUUUCAACUCUUUCAGGAUCUACAUUUUGGGCUGUGGUAUUCUUCAUCAUGCUACUUACUCUUGGUAUAGACAGUUCUAUGGGUGGAAUGGAGGCUGUCAUCACUGGCUUGGCGGAUGAUUUCCAAAUUCUGAAGCAGCACAGAAAGCUCUUCACCUUUGGUGUUUCUUUUGGCACUUUUCUACUUGCCCUUUUUUGCAUCACCAAUGGUGGGAUUUAUGUGCUCACACUUCUGGACACAUUUGCAGCUGGGACUUCGAUAUUGUUUGCAGUUCUAAUGGAAGCAAUUGGAGUCUCCUGGUUUUAUGGUGUGGACAGAUUUAGUGAAGACAUCCAGCAAAUGAUGGGCUUCAAGCCAGGCCUCUACUGGAGACUGUGCUGGAAAUUUGUUAGCCCUGCUUUUUUAUUGUUUGUCGUGAUAGUUAGCAUAAUAAAUUUCAAACCUCUGACCUAUGAUGACUACACCUUCCCUCUCUGGGCAAAUCGCAUUGGUUGGGGAAUAGCAUUGUCUUCCAUGAUACUUGUGCCUGCCUAUAUUAUCUAUAAAUUCAUGAAUGUGCGUGGGACCUUUAAAGAAAGACUAGCUUACUGCAUCACACCCGAAAAUGAGCAUCAACUCGUGGCCCAAGGAAAUGUCAGGCAGUUUAAGCUUCAACACUGGCUAACAAUAUGACAACCAACAGGUUGAGGAAAAAGCCAACAUAUUAAGUUAAACUGAGAAUACA